AUGGGAAGAAAGACCAUUUUACUUCUGAUUAUGGGGGUUCUUGGGGCAUAUUAUGUUUAUAUACCUGUCCCAGAUAACAUUGAGGAGCCAUGGAAACUAAUGUUGGUUAACACAUAUAUGAAAACUUCAACAGAUUUGGUUCUGUUUAUUGAACUAUUGGGAAUCAACCAUGCCAUGAACAUUGUAAUGUUCUUUAUGAGCUUUCAAGAAGUCCCACCCACAUCUGAUGAAAAUGUCACUGUGAUGGAGACAACUUUCAACAAUGUUCCUGUCUGCAUAUAUGUACCAAAAUGAAAGCCGGAGAGACUAAGAAGAGGCUUAUUUUAUAUUCACGGUGGUGGUUGGUGUUUGGGGAGUGCUGCUUUGCUUAGUUAUGACUUUCUGUCAAAACAGACAGGGGAUAGAUUUGAUGUUGUUGUCAUUUCAGUCAACUACAGACUAGCCCCUAAAUAUCACUUUCCAAAUCAAUUUGAAGACGUAUAUAAUGCAUUAAAGUGGUUCUUACACCAAGAUGUUCUUGAUAAAUAUGGUGUGGAUCCUGAAAGAAUUGGAAUUUCUGGAGAUAGUGCUGGAGGGAAUUUAGCUGCAGCAGUGACUCAACAGCUCAUAGAUGACCCGGAUGUCAAGAUCAAACUCAAGACCCAGUCUUUAAUUUAUCCUGCUCUUCAGACUCUUGAUAUGGAUUUACCAUCAUAUUGGGAAAAUUCACACUUUCCACCUCUGCCCAAAUCACUGAUGGUCAGGUUCUGGAGUGAAUACUUUACCACGGACAAAUCACUUGCAAAAGCUAUGCUCUUCAAUCAACAUGUACCAGUGGAAUCAAGCCAUCUGUUCAAAUUUAUUAAUUGGAGUUCUUUGCUCCCUGAGAAGUUUAAGAAAGGGCACUUUUAUAACAGUCCAACUUAUGCGUCUGAGUUGGCUAAAAAAUAUCUAGGAUUUCUCGAUGUGAGGGCAUCCCCCUUGUUGACUGAUGACAACAAAUUGCGAAGUUUACCCUUGACCUAUGUCAUCACCUGUCAAUAUGAUGUCUUAAGAGAUGAUGGAAUCAUGUAUGUCACCUGACUUCAGAAUGCUGGAGUUCAGGUGACCCAUAACCAUAUUGAGGAUGGAUUCCAUGGAGCACUUUCCAAUUAUGCACUUAAAAUUACACAUAGAGUAGAAAAUCAGUAUAUGAGUUGGCUAAGUGAAAAUCCAUAG